AUGGUGGAUUCGAAUGAUACCGAUAACUGCGUCCGCGUGUUGGAGAUGAUUUUUCAAUUCUGCCUUUUAUGGUCUACCGGGUGUGUUGUUGACGAGGACGGCAGAAAAAAAUUAGAUAACUUCAUUCGUGAAUUGGAGGGCACUUUUCCGAACCGUGACACCAUCUACGAGUAUUUUGUUGAUGCCAAGAAUCGCAACUGGACUCAUUGGGAGGAAAGACUACGUACUGGGUGGAAGUACCAGCCUCAGUAA